UUGCGGCGGUAAAAAACCAAACACAACAACUGCCAAAAUGCAACGUUUCAUCUGUGCUUUAUUCUCGGUGCUGGCACUCGCGCAUGCCCUUCCUUAUGGCGGCUCGAGCAGCAGCAGUAGCAGUGGCGGUUAUGGCGGCAGCAGCAGUGGCGGUUACGGCGCGCCAGCUGCAGCACCCGCUCCAUCUUAUACCAGCGGCGAUGUAAUUGUGUCACAGGAACCCGCAGUCUUGUAUAACAUUCCUGCACCAUCGGCUUGGAAUAUAUCGCCAGCUAGAGCAGCAGGUCCAGUGCUAACACCAGUUGAUGCUAGGACUAUCUCAGGAUCUGGUACGGCAUCAUCGUUGAUUGGCAUCUCAUCGCGUCCAAGUGCCAUCGCUGCUGCGGCUUCUGCUAAUGUGCCUUUGAAUGCUGGUUCCUACAAGCUAUUGAUUGUACCCUCCUAUGAAGUGCCCAAUAUUGUGGGACCUGAACCUGCUGUGCCCAAGUCGCCCGCUGGUGUUGGUGCUGGUGGCAGUGGCGGCCAGGGUUAUGGCGGUCAAGGCUAUAGCGCUCCGGCUAGUCAAGUGGUCAGUUAUUAAUUGCUUUAAUAUUGGCUACAAACAUCUCAAAUGCAAGGAAGCAAAAUUACUGUUAAAUACAUGAGCUCCAAGAGCAAAUUCCUUAAUUAAUGAA